GGCCACAUUUGGGUUACUUUCUUGGCGGCCAAGCUGUUGACUUCGCUGCCGCAGAUUCAAGCACGUUUCGUCUUUCACGUUUCGGCUCCCAAUUCAAAGUUCCAGCUUCGACGACGCCUCCGUUUCUUGCUCCAAUGGCGAAAAGAGCGGUGAGGUACGCUGUGAUAGACGCCUUCACUAGGUCACCGUUUAAGGGGAAUCCCGCAGCAGUGUGCCUCCUGGACUCCUCGUCGCCGGAGGUGGAGGUGGGCGACGAGUGGAUGCAGUCGGUCGCCAGCGAGUUCAACAUCUCGGAGACCUGCUUUCUCUCCCGCGCCAUCUCCGCCGUCGGUGCUGGAUCGGAUGGUCCGAGUAACGGCGCUUCCCCUCCCCGGUUUAGUCUCCGGUGGUUCACUCCCGUCGCCGAGGUGAAGCUUUGUGGACAUGCAACUCUAGCAGCUGCACAUUUUCUUUGGACAUCUGGUCUUGUGAGCAGCACAGUGAUUGAGUUUGUGACAGAAUCUGGAAUUUUGACAGCCAAGAAAGUCAUCCGAUCCAAUCUUUUGGGUACACCAAAUGUGGCGAUAAACGAAGCUGGGGAGAAGUUUUCUAUUGAAUUGGAUUUUCCGGUGGUUCCAGUGGGAGGAUGCAAUGCUGCAGAGAUGCCAUCAAUUACGGAGACACUAAAUGGUGCAUCGAUAGUCAACGUUCAGAAAACAGAGACCAGUCAUGAUCUCAUUGUAGAACUUUCUUCAGGAAAGGAAGUCGUUGAUUUACAUCCAAACUUUGAUGAGAUACAGAAGUGUGCUGGAAGAGGCCUUAUUGUAACUGCACCUGCCCCUCCAGGAUCUGAAUAUGACAUUUUUACUCGUUUCUUCUGCCCAAAGUUUGGAAUCAAUGAGGAUCCUGUUUGUGGAAGCGCACAUUGUGCUCUAGCCCCCUACUGGAGCAAAAAGCUGGGGAAAACAAACCUCAUCGCUUACAUGGCUUCUCCAAGAGGUGGAAGAUUGGACCUUCAACUUGUGGAGGAGACUCAGCGUGUAUGCAUUCAGGGAGAAGCUGUGACUGUAAUGGUUGGAUCUCUGUUAGUCUGAUCUAUGUAUCUUUAACAUCAAUAAUGUGGCCUAAACCACUUCGAGAUUCAUAAGGUGUUUUCUGUGGAUCGAAUUCCUUUCAGUAAUGCAGACAUAAAAUCUUUCUGCUUGAA